AUGGAAUCUUUGGAAACAACUCGUUUCGUCACGCUGAACUGCCGAACACUAUCGAGUGAACUCCAACAAGCCGCUCUAUCCAGACUUCUGCGAUAUCUCUGUGUGCCUUUUGCUGCACUGCAGGAAACACGCAUGAGAGAUCGACCCGUCAUCAGCAUCGAAAAUUACACCACAUACUGCGGCGAUGCUGACGAGAACAAAGUAGGUGGUCGUGCGAUAGCUGUGAAGAAUGAUUACAAGAAGCUGGUGGAGAAAUUUGGCUCAACGUCGUCUAGAUGCGCCUUUCUACGACUGCGGGAUCGCAGAGGACGUAAACUCUGA